AUGGCAAGAACCAGAAAUACCUCCAUGCCACCACUCAAUGUUGAAGACGGACACCCACCAUCUCCGCCACCAUCUUCACCCUCUCUUUAUGAAUCUCCACUCAACUCACCAACAAACAAACCACCAUCCUCUCCUCUUCAAACUGUGGCACCACCAAACACAAAUCUAUCCAUGAUUCCUUUUUUGGAUCCCAAUCCAGAACCUAUGCAAAUUGUUUUUUCCCCAAAAGCCCCUUCUUCAUCUGUUUCAAAAUCAACUGAUUCUAAACCAAAGAAUUCAAGACCCACAACCUCAUCCUCUUCGAUUCCCUCAAGAACGUCUCAGAGUUAUGUCUGGAAUGAUCAAAUCAAAAAACCUCCUAUAAAUGACAACAUUGUGCAUAUCAUUGAUUCUGAUGGUGAAAGAACAAAACCUAGGGUUGUUGAAAUGGUUGAAACUCAACCUCAGAAAUCACCUCCCAAAACCCUCAAGAGAAAGGUUGUUGAAACCGCUGCUGAAUCCUCUCACCCUCCUUUGAAAAAACCCAAGAAGUCUAUUUUUAAAAAGAGGAAACAAACUUUUCAAUCAUCCCCUCCUAAACCUCACAAGAAGUUUAAGGCUUCUUGCCCAAGCUCUCAAAGAGCUCAAUCGAAAAAACUCUGUGAAAUAUCACAGAAAGUGAAACCCCCCUCUCUAGAUGUUGUUUUUGCGAAUCCAAAUGAUAAGUUGGAACAUGAUGAUGUGUUUGCUAGCUUCUUGAAGGUGCCCUCUGAAAAUCAUCCCAUAGCUGCCAACCUCAAGCCAAAGUGUGACUUGUUUCACAACAUCUGUGUUCACAACAUCCUCACAAGAGCUGGAAGUUGGGAUAAGAAAAAAACUGCAACUCAUAAAAUCAGUAACCCUGUGAAGAAAAAGGCCAAAAUGGGAGAGCCUCUACCUGAGGCUAAGGCGGAGGAUGAAGAUGUAUUACCUGAGGACGAUUCUAUUCUGUGUAAGUCAGAAUAUGAGACUUCUAAGCCCUCUUCUACUGAGAUUGUGUACCCCACUCCUGAGAAAGAACAUGAAAGCCGAGACGAAGGAUCUGGAAAGUCUGAGGCUAAAACUGAAGAGUCCGAGGAUGACUCUAAGUCUAAAAAAAGGGUUGAACCCGAGGAUAAUAAAAAGGAUAAACUUGAACCUGAGUAG